AUGAAAGAAGAAACCUUCUUCCAAUGGCGUUUCUUGGCCGCUUCUUUCAUCUCCUUCCUCCUCCUUCUUCCUCAAGCUUUCACUUACACUCCUUCUCCGAUCAAACCAUGCUUCGCAAAUGGUCCUUGGUUUCCACCAUUAGUCAACCCAAGGCUCUUGAAAGCUUACGCAGCCUUACAAGCUUGGAAACUCACCAUAACCUCAGACCCAAACGGCUUCACUUCAAACUGGUGUGGUCCUAAUGUUUGUAACUAUACAGGCGUCUUCUGUGCACCGGCUCUAGAUAACCCUUACCUCUUAACCGUAGCCGGUAUAGACUUAAACCAUGCAAACAUCGCCGGUUAUCUCCCAAUAGAGCUCGGUCUCUUAACCGAUCUUGCCUUAUUCCAUCUCAACUCAAACCGUUUCCAAGGUCAACUCCCCAAAUCUUUUGACUGUCUCAACCUUCUUCACGAGCUUGACGUCAGCAACAAUAAACUCUCCGGCGAGUUUCCCUCCGUGAUCUUCUCUUUACCUUCUUUAAAGUUUCUUGACAUUAGGUUCAACGAGUUCUACGGCCAUGUUCCUAACCAACUCUUUGACCUAGACCUCGACGCUCUCUUCAUAAACGACAACAAAUUCCGGUUUAGGUUACCGGAAAACAUCGGAAACUCUCCGGUUUCGGUUCUUGUUUUGGCCAACAACGAUCUCCGAGGAUCUUGUGUGCCUCCUAGUUUCUACAAUAUGGGGAAAACGUUGCACGAGGUUAUUCUCUCGAACUCUCAGCUAACCGGUUGUUUAAACCGGGAAAUCGGUUUGUUAAACCAGUUGACGGUUUUCGACGUGAGUUUCAACGACUUGGUUGGUUCGUUGCCGGAGACAAUGGGUGAUAUGAAGAGUUUGGAGCAGUUAAACAUUGCGCAUAACAGAUUCUCCGGCCGCAUUCCGGAGAGCAUCUGCCGACUGCCGAGCCUCGAGAACUUCACUUACUCGUAUAACUUCUUCUCCGGCGAACCACCGGCUUGUCUGAGGCUUCAAGAUUUUGAUGAUCGUAGAAACUGUUUACCUUUGAGGCCAAUGCAACGAUCUCCCGCAGAAUGUAAAUCUUUUUCUUCUUAUCCUAUUGAUUGUGCCUCCUUUGGAUGCUCUCCACCUAGCCCACCACCUCCUCCUCCACCUCCACCGCCGCCACCUCCACCUCCACCCCCACCGUCACCACCACCACCUUCGCCGCCGCCACCACCAUAUUUGUAUCCUUCGCCUCCUCCACCACCAUACGUGUAUCCGUCACCUUCUCCGCCACCAUAUGUGUAUCCGUCGCCUCCUCCGCCACCAUACGUGUAUCCGUCGCCUUCUCCGCCACCAUAUGUGUAUGCUACGCCUCCGGCUCCGUGUACUGAUCUUCCUCCACCGGUGCAUUACUAA